AUGGAGCCCCGGCCGCGGCGGCGGCGCAGGAACCGCCCCCUGGUCGCCGCCUUCCUGCGAGACACGAGCUCGGGCCGCGUGUACAGGCGCGGGAAGCUGAUCGGCAAGGGCGCCUUCCGCCGCUGCUACAAGCUGACGGACAUGUCCACCAGCGCUGUGUUUGCCCUCAAGGUGGUGCCGCUGUGGCGGGGCGGCGCCGGGUGGCUUCGCACACAGGGAAAGGUGGAGCGUGAGACUGCCCUGCACAGCCGCCUGCGACACCGCAACAUCGUGGCCUUCCACGGACACUUUGCUGACUGCGACCACGUGUACACGGUGCUGGAGUACUGCAGCCGCCAGUCUUUGGCUCACGUGCUGAGGGCGCGGCAGACCCUGACAGAGCCGGAGGUGCGCUACUACCUGCGGGGCCUGGUCAGCGGCCUGCACUACCCGCACCAGCGGCACAUCGUGCACCGAGACCUGAAGCUCAGUAACUUCUUCCUUAACAAGAACAUGGAGGUGAAGAUUGGAGACCUGGGGCUGGCAGCCAAGGUGGGGCCAGGGGGCCGCUGCCACGGAGUGCUCUGUGGGACCCCUAACUUCCUGGCCCCCGAGAUUGUCUCCAGAAACGGGCACUCCUGCCAGUCCGACAUCUGGGCUCUGGGCUGCAUCAUGUACAUGGUGCUGACCGGCGCCCCGCCCUUCAUGGCCUCACCCCUGUCGGAGAUGUACCAAAACAUCCGUGAGGGCCACUACCCCGAACCCGCUCAUCUGUCCGCCAAUGCACGCCGCCUCAUCGCACGCCUCCUGGCACCCCACCCGGCCAAGCGGCCCAGCCUGGAACACCUGCUGCACGACAACUUCUUCACGCAGGGCUUCACUCCGGACCAGCUGCCGGCCCACUCCUGCCACAGUCCCCCCAUAUUUGCCGUACCCCCGCCUCUGGGCAGGGUAUUCCGGAAGGUGCGCCAGCUGCUGCUCACCCAGUGCCGGCCACCCUGCCCCUUCACACCUAAAGAGGCCUCGGGUCCAGGAAAAGAUGGGCCAGACCCUGACUCCAUGGAGUGGGGCGGUGAGAGCUCCCUGUCUGUGAAAGCGGUUCCCUGCCUGGAAGCCCCCAUCCACCUGGUCGCACAUGGGACCCUGCAGAGUGACCUGGCCGCUACACGGGACCCCCUGGGAGAGCAGCGGCCCAUCCUCUGGGCCCCCAAAUGGGUGGAUCAUUCCAGCAAAUACGGCUUUGGCUACCAGCUCUCGGACGGGGGCUGGUGUCCUGCUUCGGGACGGCACCCACAUGGCCCUGCGUCCCCCCGGAGGGAGGGGACCCUCUCCACACCUGUGCCGCCUGCUGGACCUGGCCUCUGCCUCCUGCGCUUCCUGGCCUCUGAGCAAGGCUUGCUGCUGCUGUUCAGUAAUGGGACGGUGCAGAUGAGUUUCAGUGGAGUCCCGGCCCAACUGGUGCUGAGUGGCGAGGGUGAGGGUUUGCAGCUCACCCUCUGGGAGCAGGCCCCUGGCACCUCCUAUGCCCUGGACAUCCUGCGGAGCCACGGCUGCGUCCCCGCCACCCGGCAGUGCCUUCACCACGCCGUCCGCAUGCUGCAGAGUAUCUAA